CAGCGCUCAGUUAUUCUUAUCAGGGACAGCAGAGUCACGUGACAUGGCAUUUGCUGGCCGCCCACGUGAUCUAGUGCUCGGAGUCGGAGCCCGUCAGCGGCGUGUGCCUAUGGUGACGGCCCGUGGUCAGAGGCAGAGGUUAACGGCCGAUAGCCGUGUUACUCCGCACACCUGCUCUCACCCCAGUUGCGGAGUCUGCCGGGUGGCGAGUUGGUUCUACGCUGCCGAUCUGGAAUACCCUACCGUCGUUGAGUCCCCGCCGCCGCUGCAUCCGCUUUACAGAGUAACCGCAGCGGAUGCAAGACAAGGUCGAGACAUGGUGGAUUUUGGGAAGUGGCCUUUAUUCACUUUGCUUUCAGCCCAAGAGGUGUCAUCCAUCCGGCAAACGUCUGUUUUUGGAACUUGUGCCAAUGAAGUAAUCUAUACUACUGACAACAAUGAGGUGUUUGCAUUUGGCCAGAAUUGCAGUAAUUGUCUGGGAACUGGAGAUAAUCAAAGCACUAUGAUCCCAAGGAGACUUGAUGUUCUUUGUGGCAAGAAAAUCACUGGCAUUAGCUAUGGCAGUGGCCCACAUGUUCUAGUUUGUACUGAAGAUGGUGAGCUUUAUGCAUGGGGACACAAUGGUUACAACCAGCUUGGAAAUGGCAAUACAGUCCAGGGCACUGUUCCUAUCCAGAUCAGUGUUGAGUUGCCUACAAAGAAGGUGACACAAGUGACUUGUGGUUCCCAUCACUCUAUGGUCCUAACGGCAGAAGGAGAGGUAUUUGCGUGGGGCUAUAAUAACUGUGGGCAAAUUGGCUCUGGGACCACUGCAAAUCAGCCUGUUCCCCGGAAAGUGUCUGCCCAGCUACAGAGCAGGAUAGUGAUAGCUGUUGCAGCUGGACCGACUUGCUCCAUGGCAAUAACGGACAAUGGACAGGCUUAUGGAUGGGGAUAUAAUGGCACUGGUCAGCUUGGAGUGGGAAGUACUGGAAAUCAGCUGAUCCCCUGUAAAGUUGUGUUUCUUCAGCAAGUGUGCGUGGUUCAGCUGGUGUGUGGCUAUAGUCAUACUAUGGGCUUAUCUGAUCAAGGUUACCUCUACUCCUGGGGAGCCAACACUAAUGGGCAAUUGGGAAUUGGAAGCAAAAGCAACCAGCUUUCUCCUGUCAGAGUUGAUAUCAGUGAAAGGAUUGUGGAAGUUGCAGCCUGUCAUUCCUCUCAUACCUCUGCUGCCAAAUCCCAAAGCGGACAGGUUUACAUGUGGGGCCCAUGUCGGGGCCAAAUUAUUCUCGCCCCACACCUUACCAACUUUACUUGCACAGAUGACGUGUUUGCCUGUUUUUCAAACCCACCUGUGAUGUGGCGCAUGCUCUCUGUAGAACCUGAAGACUUUUUAACUGUUGCUGAGUCUCUGAAGAAGGAAUUUGAUAGUGAAGAAACCGCAGACCUGAAAUUCAGAGUUGAUGGCAAAUACAUACAUGUUCACAAGGCGGUCUUGAAAAUACGAUGUGAACACUUCCGUACAAUGUUCCAGUCUCAUUGGAAUGAAAACACAAAGGAGGUCAUAGAAAUUGAUCAGUUUUCAUACCCAGUGUACUAUUCCUUCCUACAAUACCUGUACACGGAUACCGUGGACCUGCCACCCGAAGAUGCUAUAGGGCUCUUAGAUCUUGCUACAUCUUACUGUGAAAACAGACUAAAGAAGCUCUGUCAGCAUAUUAUCAAGAAGGGCAUAACUGUGGACAAUGCCUUCCUAUUACACUCUGCUGCAGUCCGAUAUGAGGCACAGGACUUAGAAGACUUUUGCUUUAAAUUUUGUGUCGGCCAUCUAACAGGCGUGACGCAGACCAUGGGAUUCUGGCAAAUGGAUGGCGCAUUGCUUAAGGAUUUUAUUGUGAAGGCUGGAAAAUGUGGAGGAUUUAAGAACUGACGUCUGGCUUUGUACUGGACAUUAUCAUUUUUAACCUAUUGUGUAUUGGGCAUUAACGUUCCUCAAAAUAUAGAAGGACCACAGUUAUGCUCCCUGAAGGAACAGGCUAAUACUUGCAGUUUAGCUCUUAGAUACCACUAUUUCUAUAAAUGUAUGACUUGUAUAUGCCACUCUUUUUAAAAAAGUGAAUGAUGUUUGAGUGUUAGCCACACGUGUUAUGUGGUUCUGUGCACGGCUGUCGGAGUCUGAGAUUAUGCACUUUCAGAUGGCACUACUAACACUCAAUCUAUAGUGAGAAUGUUUUACUGCAUUGUACUUUCAGUGAUGGCUCAUUCUAUAUUUAAAAAAAAAAAAAAAGGCAUGGACUUCAGGCAAUUGUUUAAUUAUGUUUCCCUUUGAUACUAUGGAUCAACUCCAGGUUUGUGCCAGGUUUCCCUUGUCCAGGGAAAAGUAACAAAUCUGUCUGCACAAUGUAAUUAUCUGGGGAUGGCCUUCCUUUUGUAAAUGAAGCUGCAAAUAACCUGCCCUUUGGCCAGAUCAUGUCUUACUAAUGUAGAUAAAUAGUACAGCACACUGUGAGAGAUGUAAGUUUUGGCUCCACACACUGUGGAUAUUUGCAGGAGAAAAACCUUGCUUGUUUUUUGGCUCUCAACUCUAUGGGGUAAAUAAGCAAAAACCAGCAGGGCUUCCUCCCCAGAUACCCCACAUACUGAUGUGCAAGGGUUCAGCAGAAUAAUUACUAAUUGAAUCUUUCCCUGUUUCUACUCUAAGGCAUCUAGCACAGGCAUAUGGGGAUUUUCCCCUAUAUGUAAUUGUCACCUGGACAGGUGGUGUUUGUUUGUUUUUUUUAUCCUGCGCCAGUCUGACCUGUUCAGUGGCACUGUGCUUUGUGCAAUAGGUGAACAUCUCCGUACAAUUUCUGAUCAUUUUAAUCGCCCAUUUUUGUCCAAAUAUCUGUUUUUAAAAAACAUUUCAAUUGAGAACUAAUCUUCAGAAUCCAAAAACUGCACUUUAUACUCCCUCCCCGAGAUGAGAUUUGAAGUGCACCUAUCUACGAAACGGGCAGCCAUACUGUGUUCCAUGCAAGUAGUUGUAAGUACUGCCUAUUAAAUGGGGACCAAGUAAUGUCACUGGUCCUAGUGAAGUGAUGGGAACCAGUGCCCAGGAAAAUGGCGGCCUUCACUGUGUGAAGGGGAUGUACACUCUUACUCCAUAUGUGGAACUUGUCUAUCUGGUUUGUCAAAUGUUCAUGUUAUAUAUAAUAUUUUGAAAAUAAAAUAAACUUAUUUUAUUUGGUA